AUGACGAGCCUUCAGCUCUCUUCUCCAGCUGGGAAUGUCCCAGAUCGUGCUCCUGAAGUUAAUCAGACCUCUUCUCGCGAAGCUGCAACCCAGAGUAUUGUGGACUCUCCUCUGUCUACCAUUCCUUUCGACGAGACCCCACUGACAAUCGAAAUCAGUGAUGAUGAGGACAGUCUUAAUGGUUUCACAAGUACGAUUUUGAAAUACAGGUCCGCGCGAUUAUAUCUAUCGCUGGUACUAUGA